UGUGACAGGCGUAGAGUUCAGUUUCGAUUUCUCGUUACUCGUAUUCUGUAACUGGAAAAUGAAAUAGGUAUUUGAAGGGGCUUUAUCGAGCGAGUCAAGUGACUACAAAGCCUCAGGACGAGUCCUGCCACUUCCAACUGUCCUAGCCUCCAUGACAAGUCCUGCUGCUCCCAACUGUCCUGACCUCAUGAUUCCUGCUGCUCCCAACUGUCUUGGCUUCACGAUUCCUGCUGCUUCCAACUGUCCUGGCCUCAUGACAAGUCCUGCUGCUCCUAGUUGCUUUUGCCUAACAUCCUGCUAGUUUCAUCCUCAUUGUACUACUUGGUCCUACCUGCUGGAAUGUCUCAGUGGUAUCAGCUACAGCAGCUAGACUCCAAGUUUUUGGAACAGGUUCACCAGCUGUAUGAUGAUAGCUUCCCAAUGGAAAUUCGACAGUAUCUGGCACAGUGGCUAGAGAAUCAGGAUUGGGACCAUGCUGCAGCUAAUGAUUCAUUUGCCACCUUGUUGUUCCAUGGACUGUUGACUCAGCUGGAUGAUCAGUACAGUCGUUUUGCACAGGAAAACAACUUUCUGUUACAGCAUAACAUAAGAAAAAGUAAACGUAAUCUUCAGGAUCAUUUUCAAGAAGACCCUGUACAAAUGGCCAUGAUUAUUAGUAAUUGUCUUAAAGAAGAGCAGAAAAUACUGACAUCUGCGCAAACUUUAGAUCAGAAUGAAGUCAGCAGCACACAGAACAACUUGAUUCUGGGCAGGCAGAAGGAAAUGAAUGAGAAAGUCAAGAAAGUAAAGAAUAAAGUCCAGGAUGUUGAACAGGAUAUAAAAACACUUGAGGACAUACAGGAUGAAUAUGAUUUUAAAUGCAAGACUCUGCAGAGCAGAGUAGAGCAUGAACCAAGUGGCAAGGCCCUGAAAGAAGUGAAGCAGGAGCAGAUGAUUAUUCAAAACAUGUUUCUCACACUACAGUUGAGAAGGAAGGAAGUUGUGACUAAAAUUGCUGACCUUCUAAACAUUACUGAGCAGACUCAGGUUGCUCUGAUCACUGAAGAACUAGUGGACUGGAAACGGAGACAGCAGAUUGCCUGCAUUGGUGGGCCUCCUAAUGCAUGUCUUGACCAGCUACAAAACUGGUUUACAGUAAUUGCAGAAAGUCUGCAGCAAGUCCGGCAACAAAUAAAGAAGCUGGAAGAAUUGGAACAAAAGCUAACAUAUAGUCAAGAUCCUGUCACACAGCAUAAAUGCUUUCUCCGGGAAAGAACUAAUACCCUUUUCAAACAGCUCAUUCAGAGCUCAUUUGUGGUGGAAAGACAGCCCUGUAUGCCAACUCACCCACAGAGGCCACUGGUGUUGAAAACUGGAGUCCAGUUCACAGUGAAACUCAGAUUGCUGGUGAAACUUCAAGAGCUGAAUUAUCAGUUACAAGUGAAAGCUUUAUUUGAUAAGGAUGUCAAUGAGAAAAAUACAGUUAAAGGAUUCCGAAAAUUUAAUAUAUUGGGAACAAACACCAAAGUGAUGAACAUGGAGGAGUCCACCAAUGGAAGUCUGGCAGCUGAGUUUCGACACUUGCAACUGAAAGAACAGAAAAAUGCUGGCAGUCGAACCAAUGAGGGUCCUCUUAUUGUCACCGAAGAACUCCACUCACUCAGCUUUGUAACAGAGUUAUGUCAGCCUAACUUGGUGAUAGACAUAGAGACCACGUCUCUUCCAAUAGUGGUAAUCUCGAAUGUUAGCCAGCUUCCCAGUGGCUGGGCCUCCAUUUUGUGGUAUAACAUGCUGACUAAUGAGCCCAAGAACUUAUCCUUCUUCCUAAACCCUCCAACUGCAAGAUGGACUCAGCUUUCGGAUGUGUUGAGUUGGCAGUUCUCCUCUGUAACCAAGCGUGGCCUUAGUACUGACCAGUUGAACAUGCUGGGAGAGAAAUUACUCAGUCAAAGUGCUGCAAAUGUUGAUGGUCCUAUCCCCUGGACAAGAUUUUGCAAGGAGAAUUUAAAUGAUAAGAGCUUUUCCUUCUGGUUGUGGAUCGAGGGUAUUUUGGAGCUGAUUAAAAAGUAUCUUUUGUCACUGUGGAAUGAUGGGUGGGUCAUGGGCUUUGUAAGUAAAGACAAAGAACGAACUUUAUUGAAAGAUCAGACACCUGGAACUUUCCUGUUGAGGUUUAGUGAAAGUAGCAGAGAAGGAGCUAUCACUUUCACUUGGGUGGAAAGGUCACAAAAUGAUGAACCGCAGUUUCAUGCAGUAGAACCAUAUACAAAGAAAGAGCUCUCUGCUGUUACAUUCCCUGAUAUCAUACGCAACUAUAAAGUUAUGGCAGCUGAAAACAUACCUGAGAACCCACUCAAAUUCCUGUUCCCAGAUAUACCUAAAGAUCAUGCUUUUGGAAAAUACUAUUCUAGACCAAAAGAACCAUCAGAACCCAUGGAUGUGGAUGAUUCUAAAACGGGAGGCUAUAUCAAGACUGAAUUAAUCUCUGUGUCAGAAGUUCACCCGUCAAGACUACAGGCACCAGAAAACCUUCUACCUAUGUCUCCCGAAGAGUAUGCUGAGGUGACACGAGCAUUAAGUCCUGCAGAAAUAGAUAGCAUGCUGAACACUGCUGCUUAUUCAUCUUAAUGCUAAAUGAGCCCUGUGGACUGUCAUUAUCGUCAUCAUUUGUGUUGUUUUUGCCAGCUCUAAAUCUGAAGUUUUAAUCUUGUACAGUUUCUUGAGGAGAAUAGAUUGCAAGAAAUGUCUAUACUUCAGCAUCUGAUAAGGAGUAAAUGGGGUUUGGUUCAUAAGAAUGUUACUCAUCUGGGUUUGGUUUGGUUUUCAGAGGAGUACAUAAAGCAGCAUUUGUGAAUCGAAUGUCAAGUGCCUCCUUUUUUUCCCAGCAUAAAUGAAGCACCUGAUACUUCAGAAAUCAACAGCCCUGGUGUCUGUUUCCGAUUUUUCUGGUUUCACUUUGAGGAGAUUGGCAAUGGCAGUCUGAUGAUGGUGAAACAAAUCACUGUUGUCAUUCAAAUGCAAAGGAUUGGGCCCACUAGGAUGAACUGCACUCCCAAGAAUGCAUGAUAUUUAAUUGCAUUUCUCAGUGCCCUUUGAAGAACAAGUAUUGUCUGGCACAUUGCAGUCUGUGAGGUUUUCUGAAUGAGAAUUACUAGACGUGUUCCAUCCUUCCUCAAAACAAAAUAAAACAUAACCUGUCUGAGGUGACUCUACCUGUCAUGGCAAUCACCCCAACAAAGCAAAAUCCAGUGCAGCUGGAUUGCCGUGUGAAAUAAAAAGACUGUUUGUUUGCCAGUGUUCCUUUCUAUAUUAUAGCACUUUAGUAUCUGCUGCAAAUUUAUGUUGUUUAGAUUACACUGUGUAUUGGUUUUAUUGUACUUGCUUUGCUCAGUGUUUGAAAAGCUGCAUGUCUGGCUGUUAAAAUAAGUUUUAUUUUGUAGAAUUUUAGUUUACGUUGUUCUGUGCAUUAUAGUGAGCAAUCAGCUUUGUCAGUAAAAGUAAUCUCCUUUCUUUCACUGAUUUGUAGAUAUGUUACCCAUAAUUCAAAUUUGGAGGAUUGUUUUAUGCCAAAAUAAAAAUACUGGGAAAAGAUUUUCAACUGUUUUUUUUUUUUUUUUUUUUUAAAUCUUUUUCAACAAUUGGAUACAUUCCUGAACCACAAUAAGCUGGCCUAGCAUAAAAUAGCACAACUGCGGCAAUGCUGCCUGCAGUAGAGAUUAUAAACCUUUACACCAGGUAGUAGGGUUGCCAACUUAGGAAUUUGCCAUUCCUGAAUGCUUGACAGCAGUCGUCUUCAAUUUGUCAUGAUGACCAGUCAGGUUGUCAUACUGAACCCCACAGAUUGUUUAUGCUCAUUAAAACAGAAGGUACUGAAAUACUGAAUGAAUAGGACAUCAGACAGUUUUGACAUCUUUGACAGUUUGACCUAGUGCUGUUGAUAAAAGAAUAGUCAAAUAUAACACAAAAUGGCAAUUGUGCAUUAAUAGUAUAACAAAAACAUAUUACUUAAAUUUUACGUUGUGCAGGUUACAGGCUUACAGCAGUUCUUGACUUGUCAACACAAAUGAUUAACCCAAAUUGUGUUGAAUACCAUCAGUUACCAGUAAAUGAUUCAAAUUCAACAUCCAGUGUUCAUGCAGAUACAUAAUCAUUAAUCACUGUUGUUUAAAUUUUUAUUUUUAUGAGAAGAGCCAGUUUUCAGUAGCCAACAAUCACUGCAAAUAAAUACACAGAAAUCACUGCAUGACAUGCUGAAAUUUAUCUUCACCAUUAGCUGUGUUUUCACCAAGUCUGUGUUUAGUCUGUUUCUGCUGUCAGACUCUGUGUUUAGUCUAUUUUUGCUGUCAGACCAAAGUUCAUUCAUUAUGCUGAAAAUUCUCUUGCAGAAAGCAUUUGAGACCGGGAUUGACAGAAGCUAUGAAAUAGUAUGAAGCACAUGAAUGUCAUUUGGAGACAAUACACUAAAAAACUGUACCCACCUAUCACCAACCUGUGUUGUUGACUGUACAGUGUAAAUUCUAACUUUUUGAAAAAUGCAGAAUUCUUUAUACAGCUUGUCAGUAUCAACAGUUAUGCCUUUAAUAUGUUCAAGUGUUGUCAACAUAUCCUGCCAUUGGAUGUCAUUGUCUAAUGUGAGAACAAUAAAAUGCUUGAAAACAGA